UAUUGUACUUCCGGUUGCGGUGAACACUCUAUGGAAGAGUUAAAAUAGUCAAGACACGAAGCAGAAAAGUGCUGACGCACUUGAGGUAGUACGGAGCACAUUGUGAAAGAAGCUCGUGCCGCCAUCAUGGUCCAAGCCAGGGUAAGCUACAGUACCUACACUCAACACUAUACCCCAUGGUGAGUCACGAUGGUACUGAUGGAUCCAACCCUUGGUGGCAGAUCACCCCCGAGGACCACGACAGAUAACUACAGACCUCAAGAACCCACCCAGAACACUGACUGUCCUGGAUCAUUGGAUACCACAAGACCGCAAGCAAGAUCUGUCGCCAAAGGAAAUGUGAGACGCAAGCUUGAUGAAGCUGAGAACACAGAUGUUGGUACCGAUUUUGAACAUUGUGUGGUGUUGCUGGAUGGCACCAGUGUUACUUCCAUGCGCAAGACUGGGGAUCGUGAUGCCAUAUAUAUUUAUGCCGCAGGUGUAAAUUCAUCACAGGAAGCAUCUUCAGUGGAUGAAGAUCAUGAUGGGGGAUGUCUGAGCAAUGGGUUGAUGAGGCAGGGUGAAAGCGUUGUCUGUAGGGACAAGUUGUUGGUUUGUGAGGGUAGGAAGUGUGGGGAGAUUGUGAAUGUUGAUCCUGCAGACAGCGUUGAACCAGCUUCUGAAGCUGAUAAGACAACGCAACUGGAAGGAAAGGUCCUACAAAAUCACGCGAUUCUUGUUGACGGUGUCGAGACAGUGUCUACAGAUGGCAGCCCUUCACAACUUGCUAACAAUGUCCUCAGAAAUUCUUAUAUCCUUAAUGGCAGUGUUGAUUUACAGUCUGUAGAUCAAAAACCGACACAAAAUGUCAGUCAGGAUUAUCAUUAUCAGUUGAAGGACACUGAAGAUGAAACUGAUGAAUUCACCAAAGGAAUUAAUAUUUCUGAAAGAAAUGCUUCAAGUUCUCAGGACUUCCAUGAUGACACUGUUUCAGACCUUUCCAUGGAAUCCCAGGAUGACAGCGAUGAUGAAGAUGUUCUUCGAGAGAAGUCAUCUGCUGCAUGCAACACUAUUGCUACCAUCAAUGCCAGUACAACUGAUUCAUGCAACUCAGAAACAGCGAAAAAUAAGAAUAGAAUUCACCACAUUUCAUCUUCCAGAACAUCACAGGACUGUACAGAAGAAUCUCAUGUUCAAAAUGCAGAGUCCUUGGAGACGGGUCAAGGUCAAGUUUUGACCUUGUGCCAUGAUGGUGACCUUGGACCAGAAAUUGAAGCCAGUUCCAGAAAGACUGUUGAUGAAAGUGGUAAGGUGCAUGAUGAAACUGCAUCUGAAACUGAUACUUUCAUGCCAAUUGUCAUCAAAACAGAACUUGACUUGUCUCUCUCUGAAAUUCCUAUUGAUACGAAAAACUGGUCAUCAUAUAAAGGAAGAAGACGGAAGAUUAAGGAAGAAGAAACGGACUCCCCACUGCCUACAAAGCGAAUAAAGAAGAAUUUGAAAUCCCAUGUUAAUCAAGUUAGAAUUGGUUCCACAAGGUCCAGUGAUGCUUUGAUACCAGCAACCAAAUCAGCUUCUAAAUCCUAUUCAUGUAAGGUGUGUGAAAAGUAUUUUUCUCAGGAAGCAAAACUGAAUAUGCAUUUGAAACUCCACAAUCAGAAUGGUGAACUUCAGUGUGCGACGUGCAAUAAGAAAUUGAAAUCAGUGGGUCGGUUCAAAUCCCACGAGUGCAAAAGCAGUGUCUACUUUGAAUGUGGAAUUUGUGAAAAGGUUUUUACUGAGAGGGACAAGCUGAAAGAUCACGUGGAAAACCAUCGAGAAAUUCCAGAGAUGAACUUUGAAUGUGGGGUCUGUGAACUGACCUUCACUGAGGCCAUUAGUUUGAACGGUCACUUGCACACCCAUGAAGGGAAGAAACAUUUCCAGUGUAAGCUGUGUGAAAAGACCUUCAAGAGCUCGAAAUCUUUGGAAAAUCAUAGCCAGAAGAUGCAUCAAGAGACGUUUAAAUGUAAAAUUUGUGCAAAGCAGUUCAGAAAACAAAUUAGCCUUGAUGCGCAUUCUAAACUGCAUGUCAAGAGACAGAGGUUUGGGUGCAAGAAAUGUGGGAAAAGGUUUUCCAAGUUGAUAGAUAUGAGGAUCCAUUUGAAGACUCAUAAGCGAUGGAAGUGUAGAAGUUGCGGUGAAAUUUUUGAAACCAGAACAGAACUGUUGGAGCAUAAGGUCGUUCAUGAGACGAUGUACGAGUGUGCGAAUUGCGACUUUACCUGCAUCUCCGAGGCGGUGAUAAAGACGCACAUGAUGUCCCACGAGGAAACAAAGUCGUUUUCUUGUUCAGAAUGUGAUAAGAGCUACAAGUCCUUGAAAUGGUUGCAGAAUCAUUGUGAAAAGAGUCAUAGAAAACAAUACAAGUGUGAUGUUUGUUCGGAGGAGUUUGAGGAUGUAGCGAGUCUGUCUAGUCAUUCUAAACUACACACAAGCGAAGACAAUUUCAAGUGUGAAGCAUGUGGGCAGAGGUUUGAUGAUAACAAACAUCUGAACAAACACAUGAAGAUUCAUAAAAUGUGGAAAUGUCGGAGAUGUGAUAUUGACUUUGAAACUCAAGAGGAACUGAAAAUUCAUCGGGAUCAACAUAGAGACCAUUUCGAUGUGUUGCCUGUGAUUUUGCAAGUACUACGGCAAGCGAGUUAA